ACAAAAGAUUACAGGUAGUCCGACGUUAGUCAAGAACAUACCCACUAGCCUAGGCUAUGGAGCAGCUCUUAAUGCAAGUCUGCAGGCCGCUUUGGCAGAAAGUAGUUUACCUCUGUUGAGUAACACAGGAUUGAUAAACAAUGCGUCCAGUGGCUUACUACAGGCAGUCCACGAAGACCUCAAUGGCUCACUUGAUCAUAUUGAUAGCAACGGGAACAGCAGUCCAGGAUGCUCCCCACAGCCACACAUAUCAUUCAAGUUCCUUGUAUCUCCUCUUGACAAAAGGAUCAUUCCAGUCCCCUGUCAUUCCACUUUGAGAUUGUUCGAGUGCCUACAACGACAUUCUAUCCAUGUCAAGGAAGAGCCAGUGAUUGCUGACGACGAAGACUGCCCAAUGUCCCUGGUCACAACAGCCAACCACAGUCCAGAAUUGGAAGAAGACAGAGAACUUGAGGAAGAGCCAUUAUCUGAAGAUCUGGAAUAAAACCAACAAAAAAAAUAACAAAGAAGAGACUUGAGAGACCUCAAAUGAAGGGACAUAUCACUGACCUUCAUAACCACUCCACAACCAUGAAUAUCAACAGAUUUUUACUGUGACUAUUUAUUACACAUGGUUAAUGGAGACAGUCCUGGAGGAACUUGUUAAACCAGCCCUUUGGGAUUCAACACAACAGGCAAGAUGCUUGUUGUCUUCUUUUUUAAGACAAAAACUGAUUUUCUUGAAAAAAAACAAAAAAAACUGUUCUUUAUAUAAUGGCUUGCCCAUUUAAAUGUAUGGCUCAAAAAGGGUUCAUGAAAUGACUAAAUAUGAGGAUACAUGUUCUAUAGAAAGCAAACGGCCUCAUAUACUGCCAAAAAUAGUGUUAGUUUCAUCAAUGUGAAUCUCAAACAUACAGUAGUAUAAUGUUAGAAACAAUUGCUGGUCAAGUUUAACUUGUUGCCAUUGUUUUUAAUUUGCACAGAAGUAGAAUCAGAAAUAUCACUGCUUGUCCUGGCCAAAUUUAAAGAAACAAACAAGCACAUUUAUUUUAUUUCAUGCUUUUUGGGUUUUUUAAUUUAUUUUUUAUGUUGGUGCCACCAACUGUAAAUGACAUAAGUUAGCUAUUACAUAACCACAGUAGUUAGACUGUUGCAACAAUCUAAAAACCUUAGGCUUCCAGUCUGUGCUGUUAGUGUUAAGUUGUAAAGUGCAAUCCUAAACUAACAUUGUCUGUGCAAGCACCAUAGAACCAUUCGCAUAUCUGCAUAUACCUUACAACUGUACUCCUUACCUCCUUGUGAUAAAGCUUUGUCUACCUGAAAACACAGUCAAAGGCUACAGCUGCAAACCAAAGCCAACUCUAACAAUGGCCAAUCGCUCCACAACAGAAGCAGCCACAUGCUUUGGUCAGUCUUCUGUAACUUCAAUUGGUACAAAGGAACCUUUUCGUGAACUACCUGCUGUUUUCUGAUGACCUCUGGGAUCUUUCAUUUAGCCCGAUACAAAGAAACAAAUAAGAAAAUGUUAAUUAAGUUCUAGUGUAUUCUGAGGCCAAAAGCCACUCAAAAACAUCAGAGAUUUGCUUUCACGUAAGACGAGGGUGAGAACAGUCUCUCCGGCGGAAGUUAUAAUCGAAAGCGAAACAGUGAAGAUCACCAACCAAAAUAAAUAUGUGUACUUGAUACAAAUGCAGAUUGCAUACUGUUAUAUAUUGAAAACAUUGUGGUUUUUAUUUACUUACCAUCCAACCAGUUGUUUUUCUAUGGUGAAUACACGUCGUUAGAAUGUCUUGUACUGUAUGGUCUUUAUCUGUUGUGUACUAUUUUUAUAGUUAUAAUAAACAACAAAAAAGUAGGAACCAAACAUAAACGGUCUAGUAAAGCCAAAAAUUAAUUUCAUAUUGAUUUCAAGUGAGCUAGGUGAGUUUUUACACUGAAAGCAAAGAUAUAGCAAUUUUAGACCAUGGUAUUUAUUUUCAAUCAAACCAAAGUUACAUAUAAUUCUGCCUCUGCUUAUACGGGAUAUUAACACUAACAAUACCCUCCCUUUUGAAGACUUGCACAGACCAAAUGGUUGGGAUGCUGGUUUUCAAAAACAACUCCUAACUCCCAAAAAUGUUCCAAUUCCCUCCUAUUGAAAAUAACAUAGUCAGAUGUUUUGCUGAAACCUAGAAUCUUUACGUGUUGCUUUUCAUGUGCUGUGCCAAGUCUUGAUGAUAUUUUUACCCCAACCAAGGGACCUCACAACCUAAUUAUGGUUAUUGCUUUACAAACAGUUUUUGACAGAAGGUGGCUGCUAGAGCUUUAAACACAUACCAGUUCCAUGAGAUUGGACUGGUUCUUGCAAACUAAGCUCAUCAUUUAUUUUUUUGCUAGAGUCAGCGAAAAAAUACUAAAAAAAGAUACACACAGUCAUCUAUCAUGCCAAAUAGAAGGACACAAUGGCUUUCAAAAAGGGUUUUCCCACUAACCCAAAAGGCUUUCUGAAAGCUUCUACCUCUGCAGAAAAAAAUAGAAACAAGAAAAAAAAAAUAACAUCAGAUAACAUUAAUUGUCAGAACGUCACGAUAACUGCUACUUUUCAUGCUGUUUGCCUUCUGGUUAUGAUCAACGGAAAGUUAAGACAACUAGUAUCUAAACAUGUCACAUUACUACGGAUUGCCCUAGAUAGUAAAAGAAUGAGAAUAACCAGACAGGGGCAAUCACUCUUCACAUGUGUCCACCUAGGUAGAUUUAAAGUUAAUCUGGUAAUUAUACACCAUCAAGAAAGUGGCCAAAGACUACAAUGCUAAAGUAUGCAUACCUCAGUUAUCAAAACUUUGAAAGGAAGUCUCAGCCACAUAAUGCAUAUACCUGUAGAGUUUUGCAUGGGUUUUGUAUAAAUACAAUUAAAAAUAGCUGCUUGCACAUUAUACCAGAAAAACCUCCAAAACUGCAGUUGCUUUGAAAUUAGAUGUUAGGUUUUUUGGGGUUUUCUGAGAUGCUCGGUCUGUAUUUUGAUAAUUGUGCAUAUUCUGUAAAAAUGUUGGUGGACCCAUAAAUGACCAGACUUUUUUUCUAAGGAAACUGUUGCUUUAAUGCAUUUCAUGACUUUUUACUCUUAUUAUCAUUGCUUGCUAGUAAUAGCAAAAAAAAAAACCUGCUUUUUUUUCCCCCGCUCUGCUUUGCGUAGCUGUUGUAAGGCUUUGAACUAAUGUAUGUAUUUAUUGCUUGAUCUUCUGUGCAUAUCUUAUAAAGCAUAAUGUCUGACAAUUUAAUCGGCUCAUGUAUUCUUGCUUCUAUCAUACGCUGAUGAUGGGGAACCAUUAUAUUUUGUAUACAGCCAAUUUUAACUGUAGCACAAACAUCUGUUUAUGUAUUGGUGGUAUAUACCUGUUUAUUUAUGUUUUUUGAGGUAAAAAAACAAUUUUUUGAUACUUUUUAUUUUUCAUUAUGGUGUACUGUGUUCAUACCUUGAAUUCUCUGACGUUAGAAGUCAUGGUUGAAUUGUAACAGCUGUUAUUUGUUCUGUAUUCAUGGCUUUCACUGCUGAAUAAAAUAAAUGGACCAAACCUAGGAAUUGAAAGAAAAAAAAAACUGUCUACCUCUAACACCAGGGAGUUACCAGAAUUUUAUUUUACAUAGUUUUGUCUUUAAAAGAAAAAAAAAAUACACACACACAACCGCUUAAACCAAAUUGGUUUAUAGCUUGCAUUAUAUAUAGUUACAUUCAUGAUACAGUUCUACUGUUAGAGAAUCAAAUUUUCAUGUGACUGUUACUUUUAGGCAUUGGGUAGAAUUACCUCUAACUGGGUUUUCAGAGACGAGGGAAGCUACCGUAAUCAUUCUACAACCACAGCUAUUUAACUUCACACUUAUAAUUUGUUAUUGAGGGAAUCAGGAGCACAGGUAGAACUAAAACCUACUGAACCACUUAAAAAGCAAACUAUUUUACAAUAUAUUGACAUUGUUCACGAUCACUUGAAGCUGUUACAAAUUCAUUCACGUUGCUAUCCAUACUUCAAUUGUGACAUGCUAAAGUGUGAAAGUUAGUAUUUGCUUUUUAGAAAAAAAAAAACAAAACUAAAAUGAAAAAAAAAAAAAGAGAAAAUCCUGGGUUUCUUGUAUGAUGUAGCUACGAUAAAAUGUAUCACUCUUUUGCAUUGUUGGUAUAUUUGUUCAAAUAAUUAGAAAAUUUCAUCAAUGAAAACUGAUUCAGUUAAAAAGGAUGUACAUUUUUACUAUAUGUAUAAACAAUAUUUCUGAACUGUUGGAUGUAAACAUGUAUAUGAAACCAUUUCAUUCAUUUGCCUACAUUUCUGGAAUAAAAUAAAAUAUCUAAAACCUU